CUCCGCUCCAUCUCUCUCAACCCUCUCUCUCCCUCUCUCUUAUAUUGAAAUUGGCCAGGGUAGAACAUGAUCACAGAACACCGCUUCAGUAUUGCUGCACAUUGUCGGGCAUUUCGCAAAACCCGAUCACUUGAAACAGAAUAAGCAGACAUAAAGGAAAGGACUUCAGAGUCCCACAUUAUAUUUUUAAAGGUGGACCAACACUUUUAAAAAAAGACCGUCCGAUUGCGCGUGUUGCGCGUUGCAAUCUAGCUAGGUGUUUAAUAACUACAACAGUCUAACUACAGUAUCAAGUAGCUAUGCAUAUGCACGUUAUAAUGCGCGCGAGCAUUGGAUUAGUCGGUUUCUGUCUGGUCGCCUUUGUCCAACAGCCAGCUCGCGCUUCAGGAAGCAAAUCCACUCAAGAUGUGGACGAGUGUGCAGAGCAAAUUGACAACUGCAGCAUCGAUGCCAUCUGCCAGAAUACACUCAAGUCCUACAAAUGUAUCUGCAAGUCAGGCUACAAGGGGGAUGGCAAGCACUGCGAAGAUUUAGACGAGUGUGCGAGUGAGUACAACGGCGGCUGUGUCCAUGACUGCAUCAACAUCCCGGGGAACUACAGGUGCACAUGCUAUGACGGAUUCCGCCUUGCACACGACGGACACAACUGCCUCGAUGUGGAUGAGUGUUCGGAGGGUAAUGGUGGCUGUCAGCAGAUCUGUGUCAACAUGAUGGGCAGCUACGAGUGCCGCUGCAGAGAAGGAUUCUUCCUGAGCGACAACCAGCACACCUGCAUCCAAAGGCCCAAAGUGCGAUCAGAGGGCACCAAGGAGGGCCCCACCUGCAUGGAUAAGAACCAUGGCUGUGCUCACAUCUGCCGGGAGACACCAAAGGGAGGCAUCGCCUGCGAGUGCAGGCCUGGCUUCCAGCUCACCAGGAACAUGAGGGACUGCAAGUUGACCUGUAACUACGGCAACGGGGGUUGCCAGCACAUCUGUGAGGAGACGGACCACGGCCCCAGAUGUGCGUGUCACAUGAAGUUUGCCCUGCACACUGAUGGAAAGACAUGUGUAGGGGAGAGGAGUGUCCAGAACCAGGCAGCCCCACAGCUGUUCCCCAAUGAGACGUGUUCAGUGAACAACGGUGGCUGUGACAGCACGUGUCAUGACGCGGUGACCGGAGUCCGCUGCAGCUGUCCUGUUGGCUUUACUCUCCAGCCAGACCGCAAGACCUGCAAAGACAUUGACGAGUGCCGCCUGAACAACGGGGGAUGUGACCACGUGUGUCGGAACACAGUGGGCAGCUUCGAGUGCAGCUGCAAGAAGGGCUACAAGCUGCUGACCAAUGAGAGGACUUGCCAAGACAUUGACGAGUGUUCUUUUGACCGGACGUGUGACCAUUCCUGCGUCAACUCCCCCGGCAGCUUCCAGUGCUUCUGUCAUAAAGGCUAUGUUCUCUACGGUCUGGCACAUUGUGGAGAUAUUGAUGAGUGCAGUAUAAACCGCGGUGGCUGUAAAUAUGGCUGUGUAAACACUCAGGGCAGCUACGAGUGUACCUGUCCACCUGGAUACAAGCUUCACUGGAACAAGAAGGACUGCAUUGAGCUGGUGAAAUGUCUGCCUGGCCUAGCUCCCAAGACCACUCUGACCUGCAGUAAAACGGGAAAGAAAGAGAGCUGCUCCCUCACCUGUGCCUCCAAGGCUCACUAUCUGGCAGAAUCUGACAGCAGCUAUACAAUGAGCUGUGGCAUCCCCAUCCUUCGAGGCAAAACCCCAGCCAGACUGAACACAAGCAGCAGUCAGAGCUGCAUAGAGACAGGCGCACCUCCAGUGAAGCAGACUGCCUCUUUCAAGAUCAAAGAUGCCAAGUGCCACCUGCACCCCAAGCUGACGGGCCGGGCCGAGGACAGGGGCCGAGCGCUGGGGCCAGGUGAGGGGCCACAUCCGGCCUACAUGCCAGACCUUGGAGGUGGACAGCCCUGCAAUAACUGCCUGGUGACGUUUGUCAACCUCAAAUGUGACUCCACCAAGAAGUCCAAAGGGCGCCGUGCCCGCAACCCCACCAAUAAGGAAGUGACACGCAUCACCCUUGAGUUGGAGGCAGAAGUCAAGCCAGGGGACACCACAGGGAGCUGUAACCUGAGUUGCCUGCGCCAGCGCAUGGAGAAGCAGGUGAAGACGUAUAUCAAGGCCCUGAAGAAGUCGAUCAACCAGGACCGUUUCCUGAUCCGCGUGGCUGGGCUGGAGUACGAGGUGGCCCAGAAGCUGCCCCAGGUCGCCACAAGCCAUGAGAACUGUGGACCAGGCCGUGAGAAGGAUAGCGGACACUGUGUCAGAUGUUUGCCGGGAUCAUACUACCACGGGGAACAGGAGCGCUGCGUCCAGUGCCCACCUGGCACCUUCCAGGAGAGGGAGGGGCAGCUGGCCUGUGACCUGUGCCCUGGAAGUGACGGGCAUGGACCUGCCGGGGCACGCAACAUCUCCUCCUGCGCAGGUCAGUGCCCCACUGGGUACUAUUCCAGUGAUGGGUUUAAGCCAUGCCAGCCAUGCCCGUAUGGCUCCUAUCAGCCAGACCUGGGACGGACCCUGUGCUUCCCCUGCGGAGGGGGGCUGAGCACCAAGCGGGAGGGGGCCAGCUCCUUCCAUGACUGUGAGGUUAAAGUUCAGUGCUCCCCUGGCCACUACUACAACACUACGGUGCACCGCUGUAUUCGUUGCCCUCUGGGCAGCUACCAGACAGAGUUCAGACAGAACUACUGCAUUACCUGUCCUGGCAACACCACUACAGACUUUGAUGGGGCCACCAGUGUCUCUCAGUGCAAGAACCGGGAAUGCGGAGGAGAGAUGGGCGAGUUUACAGGUUACAUUGAGUCUCCCAACUACCCCGGGAACUACCCAGCUAACGUGGAAUGCAUCUGGAACAUCAACCCGCCCAGCAAGCGCAAGAUCCUCAUCGUGGUGCCUGAGAUCUUCCUGCCCUCAGAGGACGAGUGUGGAGACGUACUGGUUAUGAGGAAGAACUGGUCGGCCACGUCCAUCACCACCUAUGAGACAUGUCAGACGUACGAGCGACCCAUUGCCUUCACCGCCCGCUCCCGCAGACUCUGGAUCAACUUCAAGUCCAACGAGGCUAACAGUGCCCGAGGCUUCCAGAUCCCCUAUGUCACCUACGAUGAGGAUUAUGAACAGCUUGUAGAGGACAUUGUCAGGGACGGAAGACUCUAUGCCUCUGAAAACCAUCAAGAAAUCCUAAAGGAUAAAAAGCUGAUUAAAACUCUCUUCGACGUGCUGGCCCACCCAAACAACUACUUCAAGUACACCACUCGGGAGUCCAACGAGAUGCUGCCGCGCUCGUUCAUACGCCUCAUAAGCAGCAAAGUCUCCGGCUUCUUGCGUCCAUAUAAGUAGUUGCCACACCAAGCCCGCCCCCUAAAGCACCAGAUCCCGCCCCCUCUUACAGGCCAAACACAGAACUCUCACAGGACUUUAAACAAGUUGACCAAAAUAACUAUUUUUUUCUUCUAUUUUUUCAUACUGUAGAGGCUUUGACGACACACUUCACUAUGCAGUCCCACAUGUUGAUCUUCUUCAUCUGUUUGGUUUUAAGCCAUUUCAUUUCCUCCAAAACCAUGCAGUCCAUGAAGUCAACCAACUUGAGUCAAAGUACAGUACAGGCUGUCUUUCUCAUCUCUUCUUUCUGAAUAUUUAUCACCACUACAAUAUGUUGGUGUCUUAGUUUUUUUUGCUGUUUCUAUUAGCAUAUAUGACCUUGUAUGUCAUUUUCACAGCAAUCCCCAAUGCGAAGGAUGUGUGCGUAUUUCAGAUGACGCAUGUUAAGUCUGUGUUGACAAAAUGGACAACGGUAGUGGCAUUUAUGUCAGACAAGAAGAAGGAUAUCACAAGGGUAAUAUGUUUGUCACGUGUGUUUAGAGCUGGAACUGAGUUAUCGUAAAUGUGCUUUAAUAAAUAGUCUUUCACUUGAGUUCCAGCUUCAGCUCAAUCCAUUCCAGGACGAGUCUGUUUCGAUAAAUGUAUAACCUUUUGUAGAUCUAUAUCCUCCAUGAACAAUCCUCAAGGAGAAGGACCUGUCAGUUUCCUGUCAUAGUUACAUUCCACAACAUUCAAAGCCUUACUAUAUUUGAGCUCUUAGAGCAACUUCUUGUUAAGGUAUUACUGUUAAAACAGUUAUUCUAUGUUUAUCUCUUCUGUCCAGAUUGUAUAACUGUCUGUUACCUAUGUUCAGACAUUUUCUGUUAUUCUAUAUCCAAGUUAACUUAACAAAGCGUAUACAAGGUAGUUUAUCAUUUUUUCCAGAACGUGAUGGACAUUUUGGAAAAUAAAUAGAAAACUAGAUUUGUGAAAGCCACAGGAGAGAGACAGAGAAAUGUCUCUAUGUCUCUGUGGACCAUGACUGGUGAGGGAGAGACAGAGAGACAUCUUAAUUAAGGGACACGCCUCUGUGAUACAAUGUCUUUGUUGGACACGACUCUGUGAGAGAGAGACAGAGAAAUGUCUUUGAGGGACACGACUCUGUGAGAGAGAGACAGAGAAAUGUCUUUGAGGGACACGACUCUGUGAGAGAGACACAGAGAAAUGUCUUUGAGGGACACGACUCUGUGAGAGAGACACAGAGAAAUGUCUUUGAGGGACAUACAUUUGCUGCUUCUUUUAAAAAGGUCACUUUAAUUCUUCAAUCUCAAGUCCCUUUUCUGGUGUUUUCUGACCUCGCAUCACACUAAUAGUCCAUUGCUUUAAUACAGGGGUGUCAAACUCAAUUUGCUCCGAGGGCCGCCGUCAGUCUUCAACAAGGUCCGGAGGGCCGCACUGAAUUUUAAAAAAUAUUUCCUUGCUGUCAAUCGGUUUGGGAAUUUUGAAAUCGUUUUAACUUUCAAGUUUUUAUUGUUUUACUCAAACCACCCGCGGGCCUCAUUGGACCUCCUCACGGGCCGUAUGUUUGACACCCCUGCUUUAAUAUAAAAUAAAGUUGAGAGAGAUGCAUCAGAAGUAUAAAUAUAAUUCUACCACCUGUCCUCAUGUAAAUGAUAGUCACAUCACAUUUGUCUCUUCAUCCAUGGCCUACCAACCCGUUUUAUUGAAUUUUUCUUUCAAUCUUGUAAAUAAUGAAAAUAAAUUAGACGGGGAUUGAAUCCUUUUAAUCCUAAUUAUCUUGAGCAGGACCCCAAACUAUUUCCCACCCAUGUCCUCUUCACCCUCUCCCUAAUCCAAGUACCCCACCCCAGUCCCCUUCCUUCCCAAACGCCCAUGUCAGAUUCUGUCCCAAUACGACCAGCUCUUCCAAAGACUGUCCGCACGGCAGGCCAAGUUAUUAUCUUGUGCACUAGAUCUAGAGCCUGUCAUCCUACCUUUGUUGUAUAAGUGCAAUGAAUUAAGUCUCCAUUGUGUCCAGAGAAAUACUAAAAAACAAUGUUUUAAUCUGCCAACACAUAUUGAGAACAUAUUCUUGGAUUUCUUAAAACAAAAUUGUGACUGACAUUAGGGUUGUGAAUAAAGUUCAGCAUCCCACUACAAUAAUGUUGAAAUACCAAUAUAGUUGAUCAAUACAGUAAUAUUGCAAUUGAAUUAAUGCUAACAAUUGCAUUGUCAAUGUAAAAGCUAAUGACAAUGAUAACAAGUAAUCCCCUCAACACUCUCAAACCCUCAUUGAAGACAAAUAAAUAUGACUGCUCAUAAACAUCAUAUGGAUUUCCCUUGCAAAACUCUGAUGGUUUGUUGUUUUUCAGUUUUUGUUGUAUAUAAAAGAGAAAAUAAACCGUGGAAACAGUACACGCUACUGUGCACAACCUUUAGAUAGUGUACAUGUGCUUCUGGAUAAGGGAAAGGGAUUUUGACCACAUUGCUAAAUUGUAAGACAAGAGUAGUCUAGCCUUGCAGACCAGAGGAACUGUUUAAUACAAGUCACACAUAAUGCCAUAUCUGUAUCCCGUUGAAUGUUUCCAAAAAGAAGCCUAGCUACAUUUAUGGUUGUCUUAAGUUGCCAUUACUAUUUAUAUCAUCCAGUUUUUUUUCUCUGAAGCAUUUCGAUGUCAAUAGCGCUCACUGCUCCCACCUACCCCAACUCACCAUUCCCUCCCUCUUUCAUCUUCCUCCGUCUGUUCCUGCAACCUGAACACGUCAGAUGUUUCUGUUUUGUAGCAUUUUUUUUUUAAAACAUGCGUUUGCUAUGAUGUAUCAUAGAGUUGAUAAUGGUAUUUGCACUUGAAAAUUGUUAUUUCUCAUGUAAAAAUGUCUGGAUUUUGUAUUGUCUUUUUAAAUGAAUGGAAUUGGUGUUCUUACAUUUCUUGUAGCUCUCGUUUGUUCUUUAAAAUGCUCAUUCACUGUGUUCAACCCAUAAAGAUGAAGAUGCACACGUACAUGUAACUUUAUCAACUGUCAAAAAAAAAAAAAAAUAAGUCAAAAAAUAAA